UUUGAUUAUGUAAUCCUCCCGACUUGGAGAGCAUCCCAAGGCGGGGUUGAGUAGCGUUGUCGACGGCUUGAUGCAGCACACCGCAGGAGAGCACCUGAAUUUGCUGAAUGAAAUCUUGGAUGAGAAGCCGGCGCAAACAGCAGAUACUCUCUCUCAUAUUGGCUGAAGCUCUUUCUUUCUUCGCUGCUGCGGGCUUCCGCGUUACGAUUCGCUGGGACACUGUCUGGCGCGACAUGACUAGAAUAUGACAAUUUUAAUGGACAGUAAGGCACCGCCGCUUCCUCCUCCUUUAUCCAUCAAACGCCGCACCCUUUCAAUUGGAUCUCGCAGUGGAUCGCGCCAGGCGACUGACGAGAGUAACCUUACCACAUCCCCCACCGCAUCUGAAAGUACCGAGCUCACCACCGCACGCCCUCCAUUAGCUCCCUUGCCAACGGGAACUCAACGACUUCUCCAUUCAUACCGGUCCCCACGAGGUUCGUACGAUGACGCCCCUGUCAGAUCACCAACCUCUGCUCCCUUAUCCGCGCGUCCGCGUGCAUGGACGGGCCCUUCCUUGCCUCCAUUUCGAGUUGCGCGGCUGGCGACCGAGCUGCCGCGCUCACUAAGUCAAUCGAUCACUGCAGAGUCCGUUGACAAUGUCGCGCAAUCACUAGAUGGACUUGGGGACUACUUUUCGGACGGGAACCUUGCGUUCAGCGGGGGAAAAUGUAGGGAUGAAAGCAUGCCUUCUAUAAAUUCUGGGAAAAGUCAACGAAGUGGAACCCCACAUAAGCCUAUCGUCCCACAGCAAUCCAGGGAAUGGGAGAACCAAAAGCAUCUAUCACCGUCAACCCCAACAUUGUGUAUGUCUAACUCACGGCGAGCAUCUAGUCCUUCCAUAACCGCAAUGGCAAAUGGCAAUGACGAGUUUGAUGACGAUGAGGAUCUCAUCCCUCGCCGGGCAUCUGUAGAUAGCUCCUUUGGGCGUAGCGUAGAAGAUAUGUCACCUCCAGACGUUGGAAAACGGCAAAGAUCAUCAAUGUACGCGAGUCCAAGCGCAGGAAACCUUAGUGCAUGGACAGCGCAGCCGAAACGUCGAUUACCAGGGGAGGGGGUUCGAAUGUCUUUGCAAAGUUUGGCCAGUAUAUCUAGUGCAAAAGCUGCAAAGAUUCCUGCCACAAUCGCAUCAACAAGCUCAUUGAUAAAAGAUAAAGCGAUACGGCAUAUUAGAACGCCAUCCGGGGUUAGCAAGUACGACGGGCCAGUAUUUGACAUUCUAGAUGUGGCGCCAAAAGAACUUGCUCGCCAGUUGGCGCUCAUGGACAGCAAUUACUUCCGAUCAAUUCCUCGAGAGGAGCUGGCUUCUGUAGCGUGGACAGGUUCGGAAAAGUACACUCGAGCACCUGCUAUUGCCGCAACGACGCAGCAUUUCAAUCAGGUCGCAUUAUGGGUUGCGGAAGAGAUUGUUGCCUCAGAAGAGAUUCAACGACGAUAUAACCUGCUGAUUCACUUUAUUAGCGUGGCCAAGUGUUCGAUGGAGAUCAACAACUUCAACGGACUACGAAGUAUUACGGCGGGAUUGCAAUCGGCUCCGGUGCACCGAUUGACGAGAACAUGGGGGAUUGUAGGGCGCCGGCAGAGGUCCACAUUUGAUAAAAUGUGUGAUCUAAUGUCACCUCUCAGUAACAGCGAAGCAUACAGGAGACGAUUAGCGGAGUGCAAGCCGCCCUGUGUCCCUUAUUUGGGGACAUGGUUGAGCGAUCUAACGUUCCUGUCCGAGUGUCUAAAGAAGGAAAAGAAUGAUCCUAGUCGCGCUAAUCAGGCAGCAGAUCGGCAGAUGCAGAUUGAUGCCCUUCUCGACGAAAUCGCUCGCUAUCAGCAGGGAAGCGUGUACAAUUUCGAACCUAUUCCUGCCGUUCAAGAGGCGGUGCUCUCUGUCAAGUUCCAUCCCGACUACCGAAGUUGGAUAGAGGAGGACCAUUAUCGUCGGAGCUGUCUGGUGGAGAAACGAGGGGCGGUGGCCACCAGUCCGCAAGGAUCAAAUACGGGACCUACCGGUGGGAAACAGGGAAUUCGGAGCAGGAUCAGAGGUCACAGUGUAUCUGGAAAGUUUGCACCUGUUGCCCAGAGCUUGCUUGACAUGGACACGAGUAAAGGAUCGGUCUCGAAUAGUGGUGACAUCUUGGCCGGGUCCGGCAAAAUAGGUGGCUCAACGGCAGCAAUAAACGGCAGCGGAGCGCUGUCCAAAAAGAUCGGGCGACGGGCCUUCAGCAUCGACAUUGGUGCUGAAACCGAGCGAAUGGUGAGCGGAAGCACCGCAAGUGGUCUGGACAGACAUAAUCUAUCAGUCAGCACCGCCAGCGCAAACCCAUUGUCAAACUCGUCCGAUGUCCAGCUUAAUCGACGUGAAUUUGCCCCAAAACCAUCCAGCCUAGGGUCACGCCGACUUCGUCGGGAGCGAACCACAGGUAUGCCGGCGUCCCGAAGUGCCCUUUCGGGCACAAGAGGUCAUCGUCGAACAAAGAGUGGAUCGGCCGUCAUGCUCUACGGGAGGCACGAGGACGCCGUUGAGCCAGAUCAAAAUUCUUUACCAUCGAGGGUUUCGACGGGAUCAAUAUCAGACUUUCUGGUAUCGCGAGAUUGGGAUGAGCUCAACGAAGAAGAGGGUCGUGAUGAACAUGGGAACGAUACCGGUAGUUCGGAAUGCGCGAGCAGGCGAGUGGCAGGAAGUGAUGAUGUGGUGUUUAGUAGUGAUGCAGUCAUUGAAAGCCUGACCGGAAGGGCAUUGGUAAAUUCCGACGGGUCACUGAGCGGCCGUAGCUCAAAAUCUACACCAAGCAGGAUCGAUCGAUGGAACCGUCAAAGUAUUGAUGAACAAUCUACCGGUACAUCUGAUGACAGAGAGAGGUGGAAACAGGGAUCCGUGCUGGAGAAACCAGAGAGCAGCAUUGACAUGAAUUCGCCAGACAGUGUCGAUGCCGAUAGCCAAGGAGCCUAUGUGACCGUGUUGCCUUCUUUAAUGGACGAUGUCGACAAUGUUGACGCUGCAGACGACCGGCUCUCGGUUGACAUUGAUACUAUCACUGCCAUCUCAGCUUCCUACCCACAUUCCCCAUCCCCACCAGCAUUCAUGAUAACGCCGGCUUCCCCAAUACACGUUGAUGCACGAACGCCUACCAACUUUGAGAAAACUGACAGUCCGGGAAGCAAGGACAGUCCAUCUAUUGGGCACGAGACAGGCACCACAAUUUUAGAACAAGUUUCUCAAGACCACGCCGCUGGCGCCCUUCCUGUCUACGAGGGUCAGCUCUACAAGAAAGAUGAACUCCUCGAGACAGGUCUGCGAGCACCUGUUCGAAAGUGGGUGCAAGUCUGGGCGGCCCUUUAUGCUGAACCGCCCCGACUGGAACUCUAUCGAUGUGAAAAAGGCCUUGAAAGGGAGCGGGGUUCUGAUGAUCCGAAUGAACCCGCCGGCACAAAGCGAGAAUCAAUAACAUUGGGUCGUUUCUCACGAUCUAGUCGUGCAGGAAGGGCUAGUCAAGCAAGCGCAUUUAGUAGCAGUGGGGGAGAUGACGAUAGCGCUCGUGAGAGUGUGGUGGGUCCUGCACCUCGCACGACACCGCCCAUGACACCAGGAGAAGACUCUCCCAAAGCCGCGGAGACAGUAAGCCCAAUGAGCCCAACCAUUCCUCCCGGUCCUCCCGACGCGAAAGAAACAAGGAAGAAAAGUAUAUGGCGGAGUAUGGGGGGUUCAUCCGUAUCCUCCACAUCAUUAUUUGGUGGAGGAAAUAGGAGUCGAAGCGGAUCCACCGCCUCAAGAUUGGCGCGCACCAGCAGGAUUCUUGGCCGCUCGAGUAUCAGCGGCAAUGGAGAUAGUCAGUCUCCAACUAUGCGCCCGCAUUUUCAAACUAUUCCCUUGACAAGAUCGUCAGGACUGGCAAUACCCGCGACGGAUUACACCAAGAGAAAGCACGUCUUACGGUUAUACCCUGGAGCACGAAGAACACUUUUACUGAGGGCUGAAACCGAUGAGGAUAUGAGGGCUUGGAUGGCACGCUUUGAUGCCCUUACACACAGAGUGGAGAGUGGGGGUUGAGUAUGCUUGUUACCGACUUGGGUGGUAUUCAUAUUAUGCUUUGAUGGGAGGGGAUCAUGGUGAUAUCUGUAAAGUUUCUACUGGUUUUACAUAUUUUUGCAUUAUAUCAGUAAUAUUGGACCGGGAUACCUAUCGCGCAGCCAA